GCAUGCGCAGUAAGGGGGAGCAACAGCCCCUAUGACAAACAACAACAAUCACUACAGCAGGGCUGGAAAAAGAGAGAUGGCUCCUUGAAGCUCAACACUUCUGGCCCUUCACAGUACCGAUCCCAGCCCAGCUGCUGCUAUUUCCACCGGAGCUUUAUAUGUCGAUGGUGCCGAGCCCAUGAACCUGGCCAGUCAAAGCGGGGAUGCUGGCGGAAGCCAGCUCCUCUUCGCCAACUUCAACCAGGACAACACGUCCUUAGCUGUUGGCACCAAAUCAGGAUACAAGUUUUUCUCCCUGUCCUCUGUGGACAAAUUGGAGCAGAUAUAUGAAUGUACGGACACGGAAGAUGUGUGCAUAGUGGAGCGUCUGUUCUCCAGCAGCCUGGUGGCCAUCGUCAGCCUGAAGGCCCCCAGGAAGCUCAAAGUCUGUCACUUCAAGAAGGGAACUGAGAUCUGCAACUACUCCUAUUCCAACACCAUACUGGCUGUCAAACUCAACAGACAGAGGCUGAUUGUGUGUCUGGAGGAGUCGCUUUACAUUCACAACAUCCGAGACAUGAAAGUGCUGCACACUAUCAGAGAAACUCCACCCAACCCGUCAGGAUUGUGCGCCCUGUCCAUCAGCAAUGAUAACUGUUAUCUGGCCUACCCUGGCAGCGCCACGAUAGGAGAAGUGCAAGUGUUUGACACAGUCAACCUGCGAGCAGCUAAUAUGAUUCCAGCCCACGACAGCCCAUUAGCGGCUCUGGCUUUCGAUGCCAGUGGAACCAAACUGGCCACAGCCUCAGAGAAGGGCACAGUCAUCCGUGUCUUCUCCAUCCCAGAGGGACAGAAGCUCUUUGAGUUUCGAAGAGGAGUCAAGAGGUGUGUGAGCAUCUGCUCAUUGGCGUUCAGUAUGGAGGGCCUGUACCUGUCGGCCUCCAGCAACACAGAGACGGUCCACAUUUUCAAAUUAGAGACGCAGAAGGAGAAGUAUGUGCCAGCGGAGGAGCCCACCACAUGGGGAGGCUACCUGGGCAAGGUUCUGAUGGCGUCCACCACCUACCUGCCUUCUCAGGUUACGGAAAUGUUCACCCAAGGGCGAGCCUUCGCCACUGUUCGCCUGCCCUUCUGUGGACAUAAGAACAUCUGCGCCUUAGCUGUGAUUCAGAAGAUUCCCAGGUUGCUGGUGGCGGCGGCUGAUGGUUACCUGUAUCUGUACAACCUGGAUCCACAAGAGGGAGGGGAGUGCACACUUAUGAAGCAGCACAGGUUAGACGGCAGUGCUGAGCCAGCCAAUGAGAUCCUUGAGCAGGGGUCACAUGACCGCCCACUUGUGGCCCAAACCUACAGUGCUGCUGUCACUAAAGGUUACUGUGAAGAGCAGGGCGCCGUGGGCGGAGCAGGGCUAGAGGACGACCUCAACGACUUGCGUUUAGAGGAGGAGAACGAGCAGCCACCACUCAUCCUAGAAACUGACUGACUGACCUAACGGACGGCUGUACCCACCAAUCAGAGGGCUCCUCUGGUGCUGCUAUGAACAUGUGACACAAGGGGGGCACGGGCAGGAUCAAAGACAGGGGCGUUUUUAAACGCUCAGAGUGUUCAUGGGCCUGUCUGUCAGUCUGUCUGUGCGUUUGUCUGUUCACAUACAUGUCGACCUUUCCUUCCUCCCUCCCUCCCUCCUUCCUUCCUUCCUUCCUUCCCUCCCUCCUUCCUCUCUCUUCCCUCAGUUUGCCUGCGCAGGCCAAACUGACGCUUUGCAUGUACAUGUGCCAACUGCUAAAAACAUGCUCCGAUGUGAAUAUCUGUGAGUGUGUGUGUGUUGGACGUUUGAGGAAAAAAAAAAUGUAGCUGUGUCUGGGCUGAAGACACACAUAAGUAAGCACUGUGUAAACUGAAAGUGAUUGUGUAAGUGCCUCUCUGCCCCAGUGUCACGGUUUCUUGUGUCUGAGAGGGAGGAUCUCUUUGCAUUGGCUCAAUAAAAUCUAUUUUCAGUUGUCGGAUCUUAAUCGAGAGUGUGUGUACUGUCUUUUCUGACUCACAUAGUCACACACUGUCCUGCUGGGAGUGUGUUAGCACUCAUCUGGCUCCAGUUGACCCUCCAAAGAAUGAUUUAGAAGCCUUUGGCAUGAGGCAGAGGUGUUUGCGUUGAGGAGUGUGUGUUUGUGCGCUUGUCGUGAGGCCGCGUGUGUGUGUGUGUGUGUGUGUGUGUGUGUGUGUGUGUGUGUGUGUGUGUGUGUGUGUGUGUGUGUGUGCGCGCUGGGCAUGUACAUUAGCAAAAACACUGAGUGAUUAGCCUCCACUUGUCCCCCCCCCCCCUCACUUUUACCUCAUCCACACAGAGGCUCAGUGGACCCUCCCGCCCUCUCCCCCCUCCUCAGGCCUGCAGUCAUUGGUUGGUUUUAAACUGAUAUUAAUGAUCUUUUUUUAAAUCUACAUAACCAAUCAUAACCAACGAUGUGUCAUGCGUAAGAAAACAUGCAUGGUGUUGUUGAUGUGGUACUUUGUCCAUACAUUGAAGACAUGUGGGCGCUGAGGAUCAGUUUGAAGUCAGUCAGCAGAUCAGUUGAGAAAGGCAGGAGCUCUUCACCCUACUGUAUCUCUACUCUGUACAUUACUAGAUAUCAUAUUGUCAGGUUAUGACCGUGGCUUGAAGAUUUGACACUCUCUGGGACAGUCGAGUGAACUGUGGAUUAUAAUUUGAUUGAUCUGGAGCUCAGCCUCAUCGACUGGUCCAGGAUGCUGCAUGAAUCCCACAUUAAUCCUUUGGUGUGUGAGGCCGCUAAACGAGGAUUAGCCACGGGAUUGUCGAGCAUUUUCUAAUGAUUUUGUAUAAAAUGUGAAACGUUCAUCUGAAACUAAAAUGAAAAUAAAUUCCAUGUUGAUGUAUGAGA